AUGCGCAACCCAAUCAGCUCACGCCAAACCACCUACACGAGAACCACAGUGCGUCGCCCGGACGGUCGGCGGCACAUCCGCGAGGAGGAAGAAACCGUGGUGCGCACGCGAGGGCGAGGGCGAGGACGAGGACUUCGUCCGCGAUCACCUUCACCUUCACCUUCACCACCGCCGUCCCUCGCGCCGCGGCUCCUGCAUCGGAGCCCGUCUCCCCGGCCGAUUCUGAAGGGGACGAGAUUCCCGCAUCCAUUCUACGAGGAACACCCUCGCCGGCGGAGGAGUUAUGAACGGCGUCGUUCCGCGAUAGGACGUCUGCGGUCGCGGCCACGGCCGCGGUCGACGGUCCGCUUCAUGCCAGACGAGGCGGUUGCGCGUGGCCGAGUUCGGUCCUUUUCACCGUCACCACCACCGCGUCGAGGCCUGUUCGGCGAGACGCCCGGGUUCCGUCGUGGGUACUCGCCACCGCCUGUGCGAUUACCCGGCGUGGCUAGCAGCAGAGGUAGAAGCCGAAGCCGAAGUCGUAUCGAUCACAGUCGAAGCCUUGGCCGUGGCCGCGGCCAUGGUCGUCGGGCCCGCUCAAGCUCAAAGUCGAGGGAUGCCAGCGUGGGAUUCAUGCACGGUGCGCUUGUCGCAGCAGCCGCAGGCACCGCGCUCGCGAUCCGCGAGGCGAGGAGGAAUCUGGAUGAAGCCCAGGCUCGGGCAAGAGACCGCGAGAGGCUGGGCGGGCGUGGAGGGAGACGGUGGGGGCGCAGCAGGCGCAGGAGCAGGAGCAGAAGUAGCAGCAGCGACGACGACGACGACGGCAGGGUGGAAGAGCAGUUCAUGAUGAGAGGGGCUCUGGGCUAUUAG